GACGUCGACACUCGCCUCAUUGCAGCCAAACGCGCCAAUUGACGCGCCGUGUCCGUUCGAGUGAUGCCUAACACGGAUCGUGAUAUAUUUCGCAAAUAAUGUGCGCGUUCUCACUCGAGACAAUUGUUGAGCGGAAUAGUGAAAGAUGAUACUAAUUAUUGUUUUAGUUUAUUUUAUAAUAGCGGGAAACAAUUGUGUUCUUUCGCAAGAUGUCGUUACAGUGGAAGCUGUAGUGGGGCAAAGCGCUGAGCUGCCCUGCAACGUAACCUCGGAAAAAGAGGAUGACAAACUCAACAUAUUGGCCUGGUAUAAGAAUGGUUCUUCUACAGCAUUUUACAGCAGCCGCGAUCUCCGUGGAGGUUCAGGCAACGUGAUGUCCCCGAGCAAGAGGUACCGCUUGCUGGCCUCGGAGGAAGAUGAUGUUGACAAUUUAGAAAUACUCAACAUACGCCCUUCGGAUGCUGACCUGUACCACUGCAAUGUGGACUUCGCGGCAAGUCCUGCGAGGAAGACAUUUGUGCGACUUAUAGUUAUAGAACCUCCUCAGAAGCUGUGGGUGAUACAUGAGAAUGGAACUCGUGUCGCUACUGCCACUGCGGGUUCGAACACAAGCAGGAACAUCGGACCUUACUACGUAGGCGAUACUCUUCAUCUUUGCUGCGUAGCGUUUGGAGGAAAACCGCAGCCUACACUAGAGUGGUGGUCAGAACAGCGAAUGCUGAACAACGAAACCACUCCACUCUCGGAGCAGCGAAUUCGAGGAGACCUGAGUUUUGGACCCCUAGUCCGAGAGCACCAUGGACAGGUCUUCACCUGUGUAACGAGCAACAAUGAGAAUACAUCACCCCUCACCAUUGAUAUUUCAAUUGAUAUGUACUUACCUCCAGAGCUGGUGUCAAUCCGUGUAGCUGGCGAGACUGGUGAGUCGGUGUUCAGCGGCCGAGUGCACUGCAACGAUAUGCUGACGCUGCAGUGUCGAGUGUUUGGCGCCAGACCCUUGCCAACUGUGAUCUGGCGAUUGGAUGACUCGCAUCUUAUGAGCCUUCAUCAGAAUAUUACAAUGGAGCCGUCUCAGCAGCUGAUGAUAAGCGAGGUUCAGCUCAGCAUCAGCCACGAGUAUGACGAGUCCCGCAUCACCUGCUGCGUGCCGUCCUAUCGCCGCGGCCGAGACUCCGAAGAGUUCGUGUGCACAGCCGCGCAAUACCUCACUGUACUGUAUGCUCCAAUACUGAACAUAGAAGCGGAGGGCGGCAUAGAAAACGAAACACUAACAAUCGUUAAGGGCUGCGAUGUCUCCCUCAACUGUACGUUUCAAGCGAAUCCAAAUAUUUACCAACUCAUUUGGUUUCACGAGGAUGAUAUACUGGAGCAGAAAACGGAGGAAAAGGUGUCGUUGCAUCCGAUAUUGGAACUGAGGUCUGUUUCUGAGAAUGAUUCCGGAGAGUACGUCUGCGCCGCCACCAACGAUGAAGGUUCUUCAUACAGUGAGCCGGUGUUCCUAGAUGUUGUUUUUCCACCAUACUGCGAAGACGAAAUCAUAAUCGAGUACGGUGUGACCGCAGAAGAUUACGUGAACUUGACGUGCAAAGUGAGAGCCCGUCCGGCACCGUACGGAUAUCGUUGGCUAAUCAUCAGUGAGCUGGAAGGAGGCGUGCUGCACGCCAACCGCUCCCAGACUGUGGAGACUCUAGAACCCACGCUGCUCUACCAGAGACCCAAUGAUACAACAGCGUUGGUAUACUGUUGGGGACUCAACUCAGUGAAAAGUAAAACAUUGCCGCAAACACGAUGCCAGUUCAUGGUGACGGAUGAGACAGCUCCGCAGGCGCCCUCCUCCUGCGUCGCUGUGAGGACUGUGAUGAAGGACAUAACUGUCACCUGUACGCCGGGCCACGAUGGUGGACUGCCUCAGAAGUUUAAGUUUACUGCUCAUUCGUUGGACUCAGACGAACAAAUAGUAUCCAUAACAAGCCAAGAGCCAACGUUCAUGAUCCAGGAGCCGAAACAAGAAAAUUAUAAAUUUGUUAUUGUAGCGUUUAACGAUAAAGGAGAAAGUAAAAGCUUAGAGCUUGAAAAGAAAUACAUUGUCGAAGAAAGAAAAGAUCCUGAACACACAAUAAGCGCGGUGACGAAUAUAACAACGCUCGCGCUCGCCUUGUGUGGGGGCGUGGCCUUACUGGCGCUCGCGGCGUGCGGGCUCGUUCUGUGCGCACACGAACGAGCAGAACGACACGACCUGCCGCAUGAUAAGCGUGAACCACCCUUGUGUGCUUAUAAUACGGACGAAUCAAAUUGCGAGACCUACAAUGACAGCGAAGACGGCAGCGAAUAUAACAUGCGAAGAUCGGAAACAUUCCGUAAGGCGGUCGUUAAAAGUCCGCCAAAAAACUACGACGUAAACAGAACAAGUUCGUUUCAUUCUGCUAGAUACAUGCAGGACGUUGAACCCGACACACGUGCGGAGCCGCGGCGGACUAGCUGUCGCGUUCACUCGCUGCAGAACAUCAGUCGCAAGAGAGAGACGGAUGUAUUCAGCGACAACCUCGUCAUGCACUUACCGCCCGAAACAAACUAUAAAUUACCUCCUCCGAUGAAUACAUUCUACACGAUGCCAAGAAAAGUUAAAAAUAAGUCACAAAGGGAUAUAAGUGAUGAAACGUCCGAAAUCACUCAGGCAUCAGACGGCUUCUCUCUCCCCCCUCCACCAGACGAAUACGGAUCCUAUCGCGCAGCUUCCAGAAUAAAAGACAUACCAAUAAAGUCAACACCUACCUACACUACAAUUAUCAAGCCGAAUGCAGGAACAGUGAACAGAUACGGUAGAGUUGUGUCUCCGAUUAACACAGUGGGUAUACCGAGUGCUAACUAUCCGGGCCUCUACUCAUAUCAAGACGAUGGUCACCAGGUGAAGACAAAUCCAUUUGACGAUGAAACUUAAGUGUUACUAUAAGACUUAAUUAAUUGAGAUAUUUAUAUUUCAUUGCUGCCAGGAACAAUACCUCGAAUAUCAUAUGGUAACAUUUAUUUAACUUUUCUCUAUUUUGGGUUGCAUAAAGAAAAUUAAAGAAAAAGAAUUUGUGAAA